GUAGUCAAGCCACAUACUCCAUUAAUUAAGUUCCCAGACAGAAAAAGUGGCCCCAGACCCAAAAUACAGGAGUCUCUACAAGCAAGUGUGCCAUCUCUCCAUGCUUCAGGAGCACAGGAGUCUGUAGGAGGCAGAUCCCCAGCCUUUCAAAACAUUUCGCCUAUCAGUAGAGCACAAGGUACACCAGACACUUAUGAGCUAGCAAGAACCUUACCUCAGAAAUACAGGAGGAAACUCAUGUCGGAUGAAGAGAUUGAAUUCAUUCAACGUGGAGGCCCAGAAUAA